AUGGCAUCCGUUGCAUUCCCCACUCAGGCCAAAAAGGCCACGCUCUCCGAUGGCACGACAUACGGAUACGUGGCCAUCCCCGCAUCGGCCGGGAACAGCACCUUUCUGUUCCUCCACGGUUACCCCUCCACCUCGUAUGACUGGCGUCAUCAGAUCACGGCUCUCCAGCAGGCCGGAUACGGAGUCAUUGCUCCCGAUCUCUUGGGAUAUGGCGACACGGACAAGCCUACUGAUUUGCAGGCGUAUCGGUUGAAGGUGAUGAGCAGCCAUAUGGUCGAGAUUCUGGAUGUCGAGAAAGUCUCGCGCGCUGUUCUGGUUGCGCAUGAUUGGGGUGUUGGUCUGGCUUCGCGACUGGCCUUUUACCAUCCUGACCGAUUCUACGGUCUCGUAACUAUGGCCGUGGCGUAUAUUGCACCGGGCGGAAAGUUUAAUCUCGAUGCGGUUCUGGAACGGACCAAGGCCGUGUUCGGCUACGAAACCCACGGAUACUGGAUCUGGCACAACAGCGACACAGCCGCAGCCGAGAUUGAAGCCAACCCCGAAUCCAUGUUCAGCUUGAUCUUCCCCCAAGACCCUCUGAUCUGGAAGACGGAUAUCUGUCCCCGGGACAAGGCAGCCGAGUGGGUCCGCGCUGGACGCACAACCCCGCUGGCUCCCUGGCUCACGCAAGAGGACUAUGACAUGCAUCAACGUGUCUUCUCGAAGGGCGGAUACUCCGGCCCCCUGUCGUGGUAUAAGGCCAUGAUCCGCGGGAUCAAUAACGAGGACGAGGAGGGCAUUGCGGAAGGAGAGGGCAAGUGUCCCGUGCGGAAUCUGUUCAUUGCCGCUAAGCAGGACUAUAUCUGUCGCGCGGAGGCGGGGACAUUGAUGACGCAGCUGAAUGCCCCUGAUUCAAGAAUCGAGUCAGUGGAUUGUGGUCAUUGGGUGCAGUUGGAGGAGCCGGAGCUUGUGAACAAGUUGUUGAUUGAGUUUGCUAAGGAGGUGGCGAACUAG